AUGGUUUCAGACCUGCUGAUUCCACUUUUCUUAAUUAUGGGGACUGCGGUAACUGGUGCGGGACUGUAUCUUCUACGUCUUGCUUUGUUCUGCCCAGAAGUCAGAUGGGACAAGAAGAAUAACCCGGAACCUUGGAACCAACUAGAACCCACUCACCGCUAUAAGUUUCUUGCCGUUAAUAUGGACUACAGCAAGCUGGAAAAAGACCGUCCAGACUUCUAAAGUAUGGAACGCUCUGAACGUCCUCUUAUAAGCUGUACACAAAAUGAAGGUCUUUAGGUCUUCCAGAAGCUGACCGCACAACUCAUACAGUUAAUAAUCCAGGAAAUACACGUCGAUGUGCAUUGCGCUUAAAAUAAUGUUUUGGAAAAGUGCAUGCUGAAACUUAAUAAAUCAUAACUUGAAAACUUAA